CAUCCGAAUCACACAUCCACCCUCAUACAAGCCAACUCCAUCACUUUGAUAAGCUCUGCUCUGUGACCAUACAAUUAUCCACCGGCCCUGAAUCAACAUGGCCUGUCCCAUCACCGUCUCCAAGUUCGUGGGAACCGUCUCCCUCGGCCUGCUCACAGGCAUCUCGUACUCGGCAUCGACCAUCGCCAUCCCGGCGCUAGCCCAACUGCCCACCUCAGCGACCGCCGCGCGAUCGCUGAACGAGAUCAAGCGUCUGAAUCGCAAGCACGGCAUCCGGCUGACCAACCUGGCCAAUGGCUGCCUCCUGUUCGCGUACAGCAUCUCUCCGCGGCACCGCAAACACCCCUACCUGAUCUGGAUGUGCGUUGCGUCGACCAUCGGCACCUACGGCAUGGACUUCUGGUUCAACCGGCAGGCGGGUGUGAAGGCGUGGUUUGAGGCCGUGCUGCACGACACCGGGUUCUGGACCAAGGCGGCCGCCAAGCCGCAGAAGAAGGAGGAGGAUCUGGUGGUGGUCGAGGCGGAGGAGAACGGCGAGAGCGUGCAGACCGAGAUGGACACGGAGCGCCGUCUGCAGCGGGUGCGCGCGGUGUUCUCCGGGCUGGCCUUGGCCAUGGGCAUCGUCGGCCUCUGGGGGGAUCGUCGGUCUUGAGUAGUUAGUCUGUUGGACAAUCGUCCGUGGGUGUUCGUCUGGUUAGAAAGGUGGUUGGAUGCGGAGAACAUUCGCUGCGAUGACAACAACUCCUCUCUAUUCUUGUUUCUUGGCGUGUGUUUCCUUUUGUUGUUGCGUGGGGGAUUGUGAGGUGACUGUCUGUGAUGCUUCUGAUGACGUUAACCAUGUAUGUAUAAAGGCUGAAAUUGGGUACGGAGUCAAGGUUAGGGUUUAAUUUGAUUGCCGGCGAUUCUACCGACAUUUACCA